AUGGAUGUCAGCAACGCCACAAGGGUGGAUGACCAACUUGGCAACAGCUUACCCUUCUUCCUUAACAGCGCAGGCGAGAGACUACUCUUCAUUCUCGACCCCGAGCAUAUUAAAGGCGCACUUAACAACUCCGCCGAACUAGACCCUAACCCCUUCAUCCACGACAAGAUCAUAGGCGCACUAAUAAGCAGUCCCAAAGCCGCUAUCAACUACUACAACUCCCCAGAAAGCAACACAGACUACAUCCGCCAACACACAACCGGCUCUAACCUCGGUCUCCUCGUCCAACGCCUUUUCGACGUCAUGGAGCGCACCAUCUCCGAACCCCUCGCCUCGACCCCUGAUGGCACAUGGCACGAAAUUCCCGAUCUUUACGCUUUUCUCGAAUACCACCUUUCGUAUGGCAUAACCGAAACACUGCUGGGCACAUACGCCGCCCGCGACCGCCUCCUCUCCGCAAUCCGCACAUGGACCAUCAAGUCCGAGGCUCUGCGUCAAGCCAACGCCGUGAACACAGUGUGGGAUCCCGUCGCGGGUUCGGGCCUCCUUCAAGAACGCGAGAAACUGUAUAGCGAAAUGCCUGGCCACGGUAUGGAAGGCCGGUCCACUCAAACUCUCGGUUUACUCUACGGAGGAACUAGCCUAACCGUGCCCGUCACAUUCUGGUAUCUGUUCGAAACGCUGCGAAAUCCGGAACUACAACAACGUGUGCUAUCUGAGAUGAAGGUCCACGUAAACGAGGAGACAAAAGCGUACAAUUUCAUGCAACUCACCUCACGCCCGCUAUUCCAAAGCCUCCACGCCGAGACGACACGAAUGUAUAGUUCCAACCUCGCGGUUCGAGAGGUUACGAGUGACGUGUGGAAGUUAGACGGGAAAUACACCGUACCCAAAGGAACCCAAGUCUUCAUCAGUCAUAAAUUCGCCGGCCAAUUCACCCAGGGCUGGCGUGCCAUCCGGCCCCAUACUGUUGCUAAACCUCUAGAUACCUUCUGGCCUGAGCGGUCUAAGCGGUAG